AUGAGUAGUCCUGAUGCGGGUUACGCCAGCGACGAUCAGACCCAGGCAAGGUGUGCGAUGUCAGUCAUGAUGCCUGGAAUGGGACACUGCCAGUGGGCCGACCCUCUCAGCCCUCUCGGGGACGCCAAGGUGAAGAACGAGCCGUGCGCGUCCGGCUCCGGCAGCCAGAGCCGCGGGAAGAGCGAGCCGCGCAUCCGGCGGCCCAUGAACGCGUUCAUGGUGUGGGCGAAGGAUGAGCGCAAGAGGCUGGCGCAGCAAAACCCGGACCUGCACAACGCAGAGCUGAGCAAAAUGCUGGGGAAAUCGUGGAAAGCCCUUCCUGUCACAGAGAAGCAGCCCUUCGUGGAGGAGGCCGAGCGCCUGCGGGUCCAGCACAUGCAGGAUCACCCCAACUACAAGUACCGGCCCCGGCGGCGGAAGCAGGUGAAGAGGAUUAAGAGGCUGGACUCUGGCUUUCUGGUCCACAGUGUGCCCGAUCACCAGGCCCAGCCGAUGCCGGGGGAAGGCAGAGUGUGCAUGGAGAGUCUGGGCCUUGGCUACCACGAGCACGGCGGCUUCCAACUUCCUCCGCAGCCGCUUGGUCACUACAGGGACCCUCAGACUCUUGGGGGUCCUUAUGAAAGCUACAGUCUUCCCACACCUGACACGUCUCCUCUGGAUGCUGUAGACUCAGACUUCUUUUCCCCACACUCUCAAGAGGACUGUCACAUGAUGCCUGCGUACCCGUAUCACUCUCAGGUAGAUUUUCAGCCUCAGGAACCCCUCUCCAACCACCAUAACCCCAUCAUGCACCGACAUCCAUCCUCUGCCCCAGAGCAACCCCCUCAGCCUCCUUCCUACAUGGGAUGCCCCAACACUUUGGCCAUGUACUACACCCAGCACUGCAGCUCCAGCCACAAGCGGCACCCCGGUGGGGCAGGACAGCUAUCCCCACCCCCUGACUCCCACUCCCACUCAGCAGACAGCAUGGAGCAGAUGCACCACUCGGAGCUGCUGGCCGAGGUGGACCGCAGCGAGUUCGAGCAGUACCUGAGCUCCUCUUCGGCGCGUGCGGAGAUGACAGGUUUACCGUACGGGCCGCACGAGGCCGGCAUGCAAGGACCUGAGAGCCUCAUAUCAUCGGUGCUGUCAGAUGCAAGCACAGCUGUGUACUACUGCAACUACAGCUCCUAACCCCCCCACC